GAGCUUUAUUUGCACAAAUUGGAGAUUCUAGCAUCGUCUAUCAUGGAGUCACCAACCAACAGAUUUCUCAAUCUUCCCGCCAUGAUUUUCCCCGUGCUCUUGCUUUUUCUCAGAGGCUCGGCCGCUGGCAUCGCAUCUGACACGCUCAGCAGCGAUGGCAACAUCACCGACGGCGAGAUUUUGGUCUCAUCCGGCAGCUCAUUCACCCUGGGCUUCUUCUCCCCGACCGGCGUGUCAGCAAAGAGGUACCUUGGCAUCUGGUUCACCGCGUCCCCGGAUGCCGUCUGUUGGGUCGCCAACCGUGACGCCCCCAUUAGCAACACCUCAGGAGUAGGAGUACUGGCAGUCGGCAGCACCGGGAGCCUUCGCCUUCUCGACGGCUCCGGCCAGACCGUGUGGUCUUCCAACACGACGAGUUCCGCUCCUGCCGUGGCGCAGCUACUUGAGUCCGGCAACCUAGUCGUGCGACAGCUGAGCAGCGGCAACGUGCUCUGGCAGUCGUUCGACCACCCGUCGAACACCUUGCUCGCCGGCAUGAGACUCGGCAAGGACCCGAAGACUGGCGCGGAGUGGUCGCUCACGUCGUGGCGCGCGCCGAACGACCCGACGACCGGGGACUGCCGGCGUGUGAUGGACACGAGGGGCCUCCCGGACUGCGUCUCCUGGCAAGGCAACACCAAGAAGUACCGGACGGGGCCCUGGAACGGGCUGUGGUUCAGCGGCGUCCCGGAGAUGGCGUCCUACUCGACUCUGUUCUCCAACCAGGUCGUCGUUGUGAUGACCCUCGUCCGCCCCGACGAGAUCGCGUACGUCUUCAACACCUCGGCCGACGCGCCCUUCUCCCGCCUCGUGCUGAACGAGGUCGGCGUGCUGCAACGCCUAGCGUGGGACCCCGCCAGCCGGGUCUGGAACGUCUUCGCGCAGGCGCCCAGGGACGUCUGCGACGACUACGCCAUGUGCGGCGCGUUCGGCCUGUGCAACGUGAACACGGCGUCCACGCUGUUCUGCAGCUGCGUCGUGGGGUUCAGCCCCGUGAACCCCACGCAGUGGUCCAUGAGGGAGUCCGGAGGCGGGUGCCGGAGGAACGUGCCGCUGGAGUGCGGCAACGGGACGACGACGGACGGGUUCAAGGUGGUGCAGGGAGUGAAGCUCCCCGACACGGACAACACGACGGUGGACAUGGGCGCGACGCUGGAGCAGUGCAGGGAGAGGUGCCUCGCCAACUGCUCGUGCGUGGCCUAUGCCGCCGCCGACAUCCGAGGAGGCGGUGAUGGCAGUGGCUGUGUCAUGUGGACGAAUAACAUUGUUGACGUCCGGUACGUAGACAAGGGGCAAAAUCUCUAUCUGAGGUUGGCAAAGUCUGAAUUAGCUAGCAGGAAGAGAAUGGUUGCGACAAAAAUCGUGCUUCCGGUUAUCGCAUCUCUGCUUGCACUUGUGGCUGCUGCCGUGUAUCUCGUUUGGAAAUUCAGGCUGAGAGCCCAACGUCGAAAAAAGGAUAUCCAGAAGAAAGCCAUGGUUGGAUACUUGACCACGUCACACGAACUUGGUGAUGAAAAUCUAGAGCUUCCAUUUGUUAGCUUUGAAGAUAUUGUUACUGCAACAGACAACUUCUCUGAAGACAACAUGCUUGGUCAAGGUGGAUUUGGGAAGGUUUACAAGGGUAUGCUGGGCGAGAAGAAAGAAGUUGCAAUCAAAAGGCUCGGUCAGGGUUCUGGGCAAGGUGCAGAGGAGUUCAGAAAUGAAGUAGUUCUGAUUGCCAAAUUGCAGCACAGAAACCUCGUCAGACUUCUUGGUUGCUGCAUUUGUGGGGAUGAGAAAUUGCUGAUUUACGAAUAUUUGCCAAACAAAAGCUUGGAUUCAUUCAUUUUUGAUGCUGCUAGAAAAAAGCUCCUUGAUUGGCCAACAAGGUUCAAGAUAAUCAAGGGAAUAUCUAGAGGGCUCCUUUACCUACACGAGGAUUCAAGGUUGACGAUAGUUCACAGAGAUCUCAAACCAAGCAACAUAUUGUUGGAUGCGGAUAUGAACCCUAAGAUAUCAGAUUUCGGUAUGGCAAGAAUCUUUGGAGGAAACCAGCACGAGGCAAAUACUAAUCGAGUUGUUGGGACAUACGGUUACAUGUCUCCUGAAUAUGCUAUGGAUGGCGCCUUUUCUGUCAAGUCUGACACAUACAGCUUCGGUGUCAUACUCUUAGAGAUUAUAAGUGGUUUCAAGAUUAGUUUAAACCACAUCACGGAUUUCCCAAAUCUAUUAGCUUAUGCAUGGAGCUUAUGGAAUGAAGGAAAGGCAAUGAAUUUAGUGGACUCAUCCCUUGUCAAGAGUUGUUUACCAAAUGAAGCUUUAAGGUGUAUCCACAUAGGACUCCUAUGUGUACAGGACAAUCCAAAUAGCAGGCCGCUCAUGUCAUCAGUGGUCUUCAUGUUGGAGAAUGAAACCACAACACUUUCAGUUCCAAAACAGCCUGUAUUUUUUUCACAAAGGUAUUCUGAAGCCCAGGAAACAGGAGAAAACACUAGUAGCUCUAUGAAUAACAUGAGCAUGACAAUGUUAUCAGAGGGGCGGUAGGUGGUUAGGUUAUGCAAUGUUUGUUUGUGUAAAUAAUUUCCUGUACCGACCUGUAACAUAUUAGUACUCCCCGGUUCUAAUAAGUUUGACUGGCUCGUCUUAUUCAAAAAAA